AAACCGUUACCCCCGUCAACCGAAAAGCUGGAGCUGCCGUCGAUCUCGCAGGUCCACACCAGAGGUCCUGUUGACAUCCCUUGGUAUAACCAUCACGCCGCUGAGAGACCUCUGUUGUCUGGUGACAAGCUUCCAGCUCUCAGUCUCCCAACGGCUUCGCAGGCCAUCUCGGGCCACUCCUAUCGGGCGAGCUACGACGACGCCGCCGCCGCCGCCGCCCUGGGAUCCAGCAAUACCAGCGCCCGCACAAGUUUAUCAGGAUCCGCACCAGUGGGUAGUGAUACGCGAAGCCCGCCUGCAUCCUCGACCGAUCUCACGACAGCCAACCAAAGUCGCGUUGCACUGGACGCCUCGGCACCUCAGGAGUACUCUCUCGCGCAGAAUCCGGUCAACGAGAGUUAUUAUCAGAAUCAACCCCACAUCAACAGCAUGAACCAGACCCAACCGUACAUGGACGUCCAUUCUUCGCAUUUGUCGUCCGGACAGCCCUACGCCUCGCAUGCUGCCACCGCUGGGGGGAUUGCGCACUACCCACAAUACCACCAGCAGCCGCCGGUAUUGCAGCCCGCGUCGUCGACGUAUGGGCCGGCUAGCUCUUAUGCCCAGUAUGCCUAUCCCGGCGGUGUAAGUUCUUCCCAGCCUGGUCCUCAGCCUCCGUCGACGUCUUUGAGUGGCCAGGUUCCGGCUCAAUUGCUGCCGCUACCCGCAGUGACAAGUCACCCAGUGCCCACUCCCAGCUACGGCAACUCGACCGGAGCCCCGAUGCAAGGUUUUGUGUACGAUCCCACCGGUCAGAUUGCGCCUCCAGGGUCAAAGCCGCGGGUGACCGCAACGCUAUGGGAAGAUGAAGGAAGCCUUUGCUAUCAGGUCGAAGCCAAAGGAGUUUGCGUUGCUCGACGUGAAGACAACGCAAUGAUCAAUGGCACGAAGCUUCUCAAUGUGGCGGGCAUGACGAGAGGCCGGCGAGAUGGUAUUCUAAAAAGCGAGAAGCUCCGCCAUGUCGUCAAAAUCGGUCCGAUGCAUCUCAAGGGCGUAUGGAUUCCUUUUGACCGAGCUCUCGAGUUCGCGAACAAGGAGAAGAUCACGGACCUGCUGUAUCCCUUAUUUGUUCAUAACAUUGGGGGAUUGUUAUACCACCCGACCAAUCAGAACAGAACUAACCUCGUGGUGCAAGAAUCUCAGCAGCGGCGCAUGGAGGGUUCUCAAGCGGCGGCACGUACGUCUCAGGGGCCCCAGCCUUCUACUUUGCACCAUCAUCACCAUUCCCUCCAGGCUGGUGUGCCUUCCCACAUUGCUCAGCCACCCACAGUCGCCUCGCAACAAGGGGGUAGACCGGGGCUUGAUCGGGCUCAUACUUUCCCCACUCCUCCUGCUAGUGCUUCGAGUCUCAUGGGUAUCACCAACUCCAGCAAUUCCUACGAUUGGAACAACCAAGCAAUGACAUCGGGCGUUCCCAACUCCCAGCCACUGUCCAUUGAUACGGCUCUGAGCAACGCCCGCUCGAUGCCAACCACGCCGGCCACGACUCCCCCUGGCAAUACCUUGCAAGGAAUGCAGUCUUUCCAGGGGCAAUCAGGCUAUGACUCGAAGCCUUAUUACUCUGCAGCACCGCCUUCCCACCCUCAUUAUGCUUCGCAAUCGAGCGGCAUGGCCCCAUAUGGACAAACAAUAUCCGAACCGUAUUUGAAGAAUGAGCCGUAUAUGAAAAACGAGAUGGGACCCCCUUCAAGCCGUACCCCGGGUGCGCAGGCAGAGAGUGAGUCGGCCGAUGUCAAGUCGGAGCGUUAUGCCCAGAGCAAUGGCCAUGUGAGCGCUACUGGAAAUGAGUCAGUCGGGGAGCAUGAACCGGAGUAUGUGCAACAUGACAAUGCUGGUUAUAAUACUGGUCGUGGCUCAUACACUUACACCACCAACCCAUCGGUGGGUAGUCUGGCUGGAGACCACUCUCAGCUCGCACCUGAGAUUGCCGGUUCUCCUACCCAGCCGAACGGGUCCGGGAGAAUGACCCCGCGCACCAGUGGUGGGCCUCCGCCGUGGGGCACAGGCUACAGUACCCCGCCCCGCCCUGCUGCUGCCAGUAGUCUCUACAACAUUGUCAGUGACACUCGCGGAACGUCUAACACCGGUGCCACCUCCGAUAAUUAUUCAGUCUCCAACUCGGCUGCGGGAUACGCGACCGCGCUCAAUGUUUCGCUUGGCUCGAACAAGCGCAUGAGGGAAGACGAUGAGGUGGAUCGUAUUGCUCGUCCCGAUAGUCGCGGCCCUGACUAUGAGAGUAAGCGUCGCAAGACGCUGAGUGAGACUUCUGUCGGUGGACCUGUUGGUGGCGUUCCGUUAGCAUUGCAGCCCAUGAAGGCAGGUGGUGCGAUGUCUCGUCGCCGGUAG